AUGGCGAAGGUCCUCCAUGGUUCUGCCAUCGAAGCAUUCUGGGCCGGCACGUCUUUCCUCCUGACUUCGACGGUUUUCCAGCCGGUGAUGGGGUCCUUCAGCGAUGUCUUCGGCCGCAAGCCCAUGAUAUUGCUCUCGCUGGCUCUCUUCGGUGCCGGGGCCAUCGUGGCUGCCGUCGCGAAUGACUUCACUGUCAUCCUGAUCGGGCGCAGCAUACAGGGCAUCGGCGGCGGCGGCAUCAUCGUGCUGACGGAGAUCGUGGUGACGGACCUGGUCCCGAUGCGCGAGCGCGGCAAGUGGUUCAGCUUAAUCAGCAGCAUGUGGGCCCUAGGCACCGUCUUCGGGCCACUUCUCGGCGGCGGUUUCGCUGAGAAGGUGUCGUGGCGGUGGAUCUUCUGGAUCAACCUGCCGUUCAUCGGCAUCGGCGUGCCCAUGGUCAUCUUCUUCCUGAAGCUGCACUUCCAGACCAGCUCGCUCGUGCAGAAGCUCGUGCGCAUCGACUGGAUCGGCGUUUUUGUCUUUGUGGCAGCCACGACCGGGCUGCUGAUCCCCAUCACGUGGGGCGGGGUGCAGUACGCGUGGGACUCGUGGCGGACGCUGGUGCCGCUCAUCGUGUGCGGCGUCGCGCUGAUCUGCUUCAUCGUCUACGAGGACCGCUAUGCCGCCAAUCCGCUCAUCUUGACGCGCGUCUUCAAGAACCGCACGGCGGCGUCGACGUUCGCGCAGACGGUGCUGCACGGGCUGGUGCUGUGGUCGGAGCUGUACUACGCCCCGCUCUACUACGAGGCCGUCAAGGGCUACUCGCCCGUCCUGGCCGGCGUCGCCCUCUUCCCGCAGACCUUCACCGUCGCCCCGGCUGCCAUGCUCGUCGGCUUCGCCAUCGCCCACACCGGCCGCUACCGCUGGGCUCUGUGGAGCGGCUGGUUCAUGACCACGCUGGGCCUGGGCCUGCUCAUCUACCUCGACGUCGACACCAAGGUGCCCGCCUGGGUCUUCCUCAACCUCGUCCCCGGCAUCGGCACCGGCAUCCUGUUCCCGUCCAUGGGCCUGGCCGUGCAGGCCGCGUCGAGCGCCCAGGACCAGGCCGCCGCCGUCACCAUGUUCGCCUUCCUGCGCGCCCUGGGCCAGACGCUCGGCGUCGCCAUCGGCGGCGUCGUCUUCCAGAACCAGAUCCGCGAGAAGCUGCUGACCUUCCCGGCCCUCGCCCCCAACGCCGCCGCCCUGUCCAAGGACGCCAGCAGCCUCGUCGAGAUCAUCAAGAGCAUGCCCGACGACAGCCUCCAGAAGGCCCAGCUCAAGGUCGCCUACGUCUACGGCCUGAGGCGCGUGUGGAUCGUCAUGUGCGCCCUCGCCGCCGUGGCUGGCGUCAUCAGUCUUUUCGUUGAGGGCUUGCCGCUUGAUCAGGCCUUGGCCACGGACCAGGGGUUCAAGGAAGAGGAGAAGGAGAAGGACGAGGAGGAACGCCGAGGUUAA